AAUGAAAUAAAUAAAACUCAGAUUUUCUUUUUCUCUCUCUGAUCUCUUUGUUCAACGAGUAAUAAUGUAAUAUAUGAAUGGGGGAGUACAAAAGCCAACUUAACAGUUACCAACCCACUCCUGCCUGUCACCAUUUUCCCCUCUCCUGUUCUUCAUCUUCUUCUUCAUUUCCGGCAUAAAUCCAACACAAUAUAUAGAUUUCUCCGACCUUAAAUCCCUCGAAUUUCAUUCGAAAAGUCGAACCUUGUUUCUUCGAAUCCAUGUGGCUAACUCGAACCAACUCAAAGAUUCGGGUUCCUAGCAACACUACUACUUUCUCCUGCUCCUCUUUCAAAGACAUCCAAACCCUAAUCGCCGACGACUCCGGCUGCCGGCACCCGACCCAAUUCGCGAAGCACUACAUCUUCCACCGCGUCCGCCUCGCCAACGCCUUUCUACGCGCUCUAUCGCCGCCGCCGGAGAACAAAUCGAAUGCGACGUGUCAAUCGCACGCGCCGAUCUCGCUCCCGGGAGCCGAGAAACGGAUAGUGGUGUACUUCACGAGCCUCCGCGUGGUCCGCCGGACGUUCGAGGAUUGCCGGGAUGUUCUGUCGGUCCUGCGGAGCUUCCGCGUGUCGAUCGACGAGCGGGAUUUGUCGGCCGACGCCGGAUUCAGGGAGGAGCUGCAGGGGAUCCUGGGGGUGCGUGAAAGGACGAAACUAACCCUGCCGCAGGUCUUCAUCGGCGGGAAGUACAUUGGCGGCGCGGAGGAGAUCCGGCGCCUCCACGAGUCCGGCGAGCUGAAGAAGUGCGUGGAAGGGCUGCCGCCGGCCAACCCCGACACGUGCGAGCUCUGCGACGGCCACCGGUAUAUCCUCUGCGACGAGUGUGACGUAAGCGACGGCGAAAAGUGCGGCUUCAGGACUUGUACGGCGUGCAGUCAAAGCGGUCUCAUCAACUGCCCUUCUUGUUCCCGUGCGCCCCUCUGAACCGUGCGAUUAGAUUUUGGCUCUAGCUAGGAUGACGUCAUCAAUCAUGAGGAGGUGAAACAAAAAAAAUAUUUGCACUCCCCGCCCCCUCAUUUUAUGUCAUUUUGUAGUCUGGUCCUUUUAUUUUUUUGGGUUUCUCAAUUUGAAAGUGUAACUUAGUUUGUUCUGUAAAUGGGUGAAUGGAGUUUUUAGAAUUGUAGGACCAUAACAGUCUGUAUUCUUGAUUUGGGUGGUCAUGAAUCAAGUGAAAACACGAGACACGUGAUUAUGUUGCAUUUGUCAACAAAAACCAUAAUAAAUUCAUUCCCACUAUGUUUUGCCAUCGAA